AUGACGACCGGGACGGACAUCAUCCACGCCUACCGGCACCUGUACAGGGGCCUGCUGCGCGCGGUGCAGUUCUCGUCGCCCGCGCGGUACGUGGCGCGCGACCAGCUGCGCGCGGCGUUCCGGGACAAGGGCGCGGUCUGGGACGCCGAGGGCGCGAAGCGCACGCUGUGGUUCGUGCAGGCGGCCGCGCGGGAGAGGGGGCUGGAACACAGGGUGCUCAAGAACCUGCUGCGCGUGAGGCUGCUUCGGGCGCGGGAGGGGGCCAACUGGCGGAAGCGGCUGCACGAGAGCAAGCAGAGGAAUGACAUGAAGGCGGAACAGGAGACGGCCAUGGAGCACUACGACAUGACGGUUGCCAUGUUGAACAAGAGCAUGGGGCUAUGCCUGCGAUGA